GGAAAUUGUCUCUCCUGCUUCGCCGUAGAAACCAGGAGAAGCGCAGGUUUGAAACUCGAGUCGCAUCGUAUCGUCUUAGGUCGCUGAGGUGGGGGCUGACCAGGCGAUUCCAGAGAGAAAGAUAAGGGGUUCAAACACAGCUGGUCAGGGGUGGGCAACAGCGAAGAUGGACCCGGCCCAGACUACCCCGCUCUCCAUCAGAACCGAGCCUCUGGGUGGGCCCGAGAUCCCUGGAACGCCGUACUCGGUGGCGGUUCUGAAAGAGGGCUACUGCCACCCCCAGCCCGACGGUUCUACGCGAGCGGACGGCACCAUCACCCUCCUCUCCGGGCCCACAGUGGUCCUGGUGGACACCGGGGGCCCCUGGGACCGGGAUCUGCUGCUGGGGCGGCUGGCCGAGCGGGGGCUCGGCCCAGGCGACGUGGGCUGGGUGGUGUGUACCCACGGGCACUCGGACCACGUGGGGAACCUGAGCCUCUUCCCCGGCGCCACGCUGGUCGUGGGCUUUGACAUAUGCCAGGGGGACCGGUAUCUCUGCACGGAGCUGGCGCAGAGGCGGCCACACGCCAUCGACGAGCAUGUGGCGAUAGUGCCCACACCCGGCCACACGGGCAGCGAUGUCAGUGUGCUAGUUCGGGGAACCUCCCUGGGUGUGGUGCUGGUGGCGGGGGACCUGUUCGAGCGCCACGCGGGCGAGGACGGGUGGCGGGAGGUGAGCGAGAACCCGGAACUGCAGGAGCGCAGCCGGCGGGAGGUGCUGGAAGUUGCCGAUGUCAUCAUCCCGGGCCACGGCGCCCCCUUCAGGGUGUACCGAGAACCCCAGCGCUGUUCGGAUGAACUGGACUCGGAGGACACUUCGCGCCCGAAUCACACGGGAGCCGCGUGACACCGCGGGCUGAUUGUCAUCUCAUUGGUAUCUCAAUCCCAGACGAUUAACAUGGCCUGUAAAUAUAACAAGCAAUAGGUUUAUUCCAGGCUGAAAAAAAGAAGAAAGAAAACACAACGUUUCGGCCGUGGAGCCUUCUUCAGGUGUCAAGAAGAAGGUGUCCUGAAGAAGUCUCCAAGGCCAAAACGUGUUCUCUUUCUUCUUUUUUCCAGCAUGGAAUAAACCUAUUACUUUUUCCUUUGCAGCCUACGCAUGCUGACGCAGCUGCCCACCUGAACUACUGUAAAUAUAACGUCAAGCACACUGAUCUAGUUAUUCUUCCUGUCAGACAAACUAACAGCUCAGGUUCAGCUGCUGGUAGAAGCCUUAGCCCUUGAAGGUUUUGUCUCGGCGUGGGCCGCUAUCUUAGAAAACAGUGUGGCUCAUUCCCAUGAUGCUUUGAAGUGUAGAGACUUUCAGAAAGAACAUGAAACCGGAGUCACUGAUAUGUAGCCUGAGGAGAAAGGCUUGAUGGAAUGUAUCAGCGUGGAAAAGCCCUCCAGGUGCUGGAGAGGUGACAGAGUUCUGUUCGGGUUGUGGCCGGGUCAUUCUGGGCUAGAAAUGGCGCACUUUGUGCUGAACAGAAAGGUGACGUAUUGCUGAAUUUGAAUUUGUAAGACCAUGCUGGAAAUGCCAAUGAAUAAUGUUACCUGUUAUUCAGUUUACAAUACAAGUGUUACACAACAGACCUUUUCCACACCUUUUAAUUUAACAGAUAUAAUAUCUGAAACUGCACAAGCAGGUCACUAAUAAAUCUGUGGAAGAAUA